AGGGAUCUGAUUCAAUCACAUUUUCUAAGUAAGGAAAAAACCCUAAUCCCUUAAAAGAGCACAUUUGUUUCAAAUAAGUCACGGAUAUCCCAACUAUAUCGCAAACUGUUGACGGCCUUGAUAAAAAUUGAGAUAGUGUGCUGCUAAUAAAAGCACAGUGUUCUCGCCAUUCCACGCAUUAGUUAACAUGUUGGCGGUCAAAGUAAUCGUUUGUCUUUGCACAUACGCGGUGGCGGUAGUAGCACAAGGUGUUUACUUGCAACCCUCUGGGUAUUAUUGGAGAGAAUUUUCAAAUGGACACAUCCCAUCCGACGCAGUUGUCGGAGGUAGAGAUAGAGCUGGUAACCCGACUUAUAUCGGACAACUUUACGGACUAGAUUUUGAGCUAUUGCCCGCCACUAUAAUACGCGGUUCGCCAAAUGCCACCAGUACCAGGCACGUUUCUGCCAUACAAACUGAUAAAAAUAUUAAGAUACUAUGCAGUUAUGAACCACAUAAGUUUAGAUGGAUUCCAACAAUAGCAGGAGAGGCGUACAAAUUGGCUAACUGUCACUUAGUCAAUGGCGGUUCAGAAGUUAACGUAUCUCUGCACAUUGGACGUGUAAAUUAUCAAUCUGAAGUGAUUAUAGGAAAGGUUUUUAGUGAACUAUCCAUACCUUAUAAUGGUGUUCCGAUAAAUUUUAAAGCUUUCCAAAUUUUAGCGUGGGACUGCCAAGAUUUGUGAAAUGAAUACUUACAUAAGAUAUGCUUUUGGCAUAAAAACUAUGUCAACUAGAAUUUAUUUAAACAGCACUUAACAAAGUUAUUACGAAUAGUUUUAUGAAAUGUCUAAAUAAAUAUCCAUUUGAAGGUA